UUUUCUCAACGGUUUUACCCAUCUACUCUCAAUGGUUUUGGCUUUUGACCUUCUAAAGUCGACAUCGAUCAGCUGAUGGAGUUUUUUCCGAAUAAAUGACAGGUUACACGAUCAAAAACAGAAAUUGUGAAAUUUCUACCAUCAGUUGUGAUCUCCCACCUCCUAGAAGAAGGAAACCACAAAGUUUCAGAUCAAGAAACGUAUAAUAUGUCAUUUUUACGGUUAACAUACUCACUGCAAAGUCGACACUGUAUCAGCAGAUUACCUUGUUAUAUAUCGUCUGUGCUUACUACAAGAAGGCUACAAACAUGUGAUCCUCCGAGCAGUAUGAUGAACGUUCACCAGCGACGAUCCUAUAAAAAUUUUGGUCACAAACGAGAUGAAGUUCCAUUUCUCAAAAACCUGUGGAUUACCUUUUUGGUUAUCAGCAUGUUUGGAAUUAUGUGUGAUUUCGAUGAAAUAUGCAAACUCAAACUCCCAAAAGUAGAUGCCGCUGAAGCUCUGACAGAAGAUGACGAGAAUAAAACUAUCCAACAGGGAGAACCGGAUGAUCACAAAAAAAAAAAAAGUAAAAGAGAGAAAAUUGGCUUUAGGGAUCGUAAGAUAAUAGAAUACGAAAAUAGGAUGCGUGCUUAUUCAACUCCAGAUAAGAUAUUUCGUUACUUUGCAACAGUAAGAAUAACUAGCCUAGAAGGCACUGAAGUUUACAUGACUCCAGACGACUUUUUAAGAGCCAUUACUCCUGGCAUGAAACAACCAGAUGGUAAAAAAACAAAAAAUCAAUUGAACAAAAAUCAAUUUGCUAUUCCAGCUAUAAUUGAAUAUGAGAACCGCAUGCGGCAUUUCUCAACACCUGAUAAGGUGUUUCGAUAUUUCGCCACUCUUCAAAUUACAAAUCCUGCUAAUGAUGCGCACGAAGUAUUUAUGACACCCGACGAUUUUCUACGAUCAAUGACACCAGGUCUUAAACAACCCGAUGGACUUGGUCUGGAUCAGUACAAACGCUACGAUCCAAAGAAUAUUCAUACGAAAUUGGAGCUGGAACUGGACGAAGAUAGUAUAUUUUACAAACUAGGAAGUGCCGGGCUCAUUACCUUCUCUGAUUACAUAUUUCUUCUGACGGUGCUAUCAACUUCGAGACGCCACUUUGAAAUAGCUUUCCGAAUGUUCGAUCUUAACGGAGAUGGCGAUGUUGAUUCAGAAGAAUUUGGAAAAGUUGCUACGUUGAUUCGUCAACAAACUAGCAUCGGAAAUCGUCACAGAGAUCAUGCUAAUACCGGCAAUACGUUUAAGGGUGUGAAUUCGGCGCUGACAACGUACUUCUUCGGCCCAAACAUGAAGCAAAAAUUAACAAUAGAAAAAUUCUUGGACUUUCAACAACAGUUGCAAAAAGAGAUUCUCAGUCUCGAGUUUGAGCGUAGAAAUCCCGACGAAAAUGGAAAUAUCUCAGAAGUUGACUUCACAGAGUUAUUAUUAGCAUAUGCAGGCUACCCAGAAAAAAAGAAGGCGAGAAUGUUGAAACGAGUAAAAAAAACUUUCAGAGAAAAUCCCAAAGGCAUUAGCAAAGAAGAUUAUUUGAGUUUCUUUCACUUCUUGAACAACAUAAACGAUGUGGAUACAGCUUUGACAUUUUAUCAUAUAGCAGGAGCAUCCAUAGAUCAAGCCACCUUAAAACAUGUUGCAAAAACUGUAGCCCAUGUUGAUUUGAGCGAUCACGUCAUACAAGUAGUAUACACAAUAUUCGAUGAAAACAUGGACGGUCAGCUAAGCAAUCGCGAAUUCGUAGCAGUAAUGAAAAACAGACUUCUACGUGGCUUGGAAAAACCAAAAGACACAGGCUUUGUGAAAUUGAUGCAUUCGAUUGUUAAAUGUGCCAAGAAUACGCAUCCCGUUUUGUUUGAAAAAUAGUGUUCAUAAAUAUUUGUAAUCCAACUAUGUAUCUAAAUUUUGAGAGCGCUGAUUUCUGUAUUUUUCUGGAUUGUUUCCACUUUGGUCUUUGACCGUCAACCAAUUUCUACGUGACAACAGCCAUGAAUCAAACCUUUGCUUUGGAUUCGACAUCAGUGACGGAUUUAAUAAGAUACUCGAUCACUUAUUUAUUUAACUGACUUCUUAAUCUCAUCAAUAAUUCGAAUGCAAAUUUGAUAUAGCAAAUCAUCCAGUCAUAUUGUUUGUCAUAAAUAAACCUAAUUUCACAAAUGAA